AUGGAUCAAGCGGAAGGGCCAUCGCCAUUCUCAGUCCUUACCCAACAGUUAUCCUCGCUUACUCAAGCGGUCCGUGAACUUCAGGGAGGUUACGCCCAGAUGCAAGAUCAGAUGCGGACCCUGCAGUCGCCUCUCGGUGGUUCAGCAUCCGUAUCAGCGGCUGAUCAAUCUGCCUCUGAGAGCCAAGUACUUCCUUCUGACCUUCCUGAGCCCAAGAUUCAUCUCCCGGAACGGUUCUCCGGUGAUCGGAAGACUUUUCGUCUGUUUAAAAAUAACUGUAAACUUUUAUUUACUCUGAAAUCUCGUACCUAUCCUACUGAACAGGCUCGGGUGGGUACUGUUAUCUCCUUGUUGUCCGGAGAUCCCCAGGCUUGGGCUUUUCGGUUAAUGGAUCUGCAGAGCCCAGAAUUGGCUACAGUGGAGUCUUUCUUUAAAGCCAUGGCCAUAUUAUAUGAUGAUCCGCACAGGACUUUGGCGGCUGAAGCGUCACUUCGUUCUCUGAGUCAGGGGCGUGGGCCAGCCGAAGAUUAUACAGUUCAGUUCCGCAAGUUUGCAGCAGAUGUUGACUGGAAUCAGUCUGCACUCAAACACCAGUAUCGUCUGGGGUUGUCAGAAGGCCUAAAGGAUGAAUUGGCACGUACGGGAAUCCCAGAGACUUUAGACGAUCUCAUUUUGCUCACCAUACAACUUGAUCGCAGACUCCGUGAGCGCAGAGCUGAGAGGUCAGGUCAAGGUUCCCCAAUGUGGGUACUUCCUCAUGCUUCCCCACCAAUUCGGUUGCCUGCUGUCUCCUCUUCGGUUGCGGACCCUGAACCCAUGCAGAUCGGAGCUAUUAGAUCAGCAUUAACUCCUGAGGAACGUUUAAGACGUCGGAGGCUCAAUUUGUGUCUCUAUUGUGGACUUGCUGGUCAUCUGCUUCGUGAUUGCCCCACUCGGCCCUCCUUGAAGGGUAAAGCAGUUUCUAACCAAUCUCCAGUAUUUACGUCUCCUUUUACUCCAUUACUUACCAUUCCACUUUCUUUACAGUGGGAAGACAAGUCGGUGAAACUGCAAGCAAUAAUUGAUUCUGGGGCCAGUGGGUGUUUCCUGGAUUCUGCGACGGCUAAGGCUCACUGUUUUCCCUUGCACGAGAAAAAGAAUCCCACGUUUCUUCGAGUUGCUGAUGGUUCACCCAUAUUAUCUGGUCCAGUCAUUCAAGAGACUUUUCCCCUCUCUAUGUCCCUUAAUAAAGUUCAUUCUGAAACUCUGAACUUUGACAUUGAACUUCGCAACUAUCUUGUUGAGAACUUAGCCAAAGGUUUUAUUCGUCAUUCCACUUCUCCUGCUGGCGCUGGAAUUUUCUUUGUAGAAAAGAAGGAUCGUUCACUAAGACCCUGCAUUGAUUACCGCGAACUAAAUAAAAUAACUAUUAAGAAUAGAUACCCACUUCCACUCAUCCCAGAGUUAUUCCAACGGCUUCGUGAAGCUAAAGUCUUUUCGAAAUUGGAUCUUAGAGGGGCCUAUAAUCUGGUCAGGAUCCGCGAAGGAGAUGAGUGGAAGACCGCUUUUCGCACAAGAUACGGGCACUUUGAGUACCUUGUUAUGCCGUUCGGCCUAUGUAACGCCCCAGCAACGUUCCAACACUUUGUGAAUGACGUGUUCCGUGAUUUCUUGGAUGUCUUUGUCAUAAUUUACUUAGAUGACAUCCUUGUUUUCUCCAAUUCUCUCGAAGACCACAGAGUACAUAUGAAGAAGGUUCUUUCACGCUUACGCACUCAUCAGCUCUAUGCUAAGCUGGAAAAAUGCAUUUUCGAACAAGAUUCUGUGGAAUUUUUAGGUUUCUUUAUCACUCCCCAAGGAAUUCAAAUGGAUUCCCGAAAAGUUUCAGCAAUCUUGGAUUGGCCUGCUCCCACGUCUAGAAAAGCCGUCCAGCGAUUUAUUGGCUUCGCUAAUUUUUAUAGAAAAUUUGUUAAAAAUUUCUCUCAAAUCAUUUCACCUAUCACCAGUCUCACACGAGCCAAUGUAAAGUUUAUGUGGACCUCAGAAGCUCAAAGAGCUUUUCAAUGUUUAAAAGAUCUUUUUAUUUCUGCUCCUGUCCUUCAUCACCCUGAUCCUUCGCUUCCUUUCAUAUUAGAGGUGGAUGCUUCGGAAAAUGCUGUUGGAGCCAUUCUUUCCCAAAGAUCAGGUAUUAAAGAGGAACUUCACCCAGUCGCUUUUUUUUCUCAUAAGAUGUCAAGAUCUGAGUGUAAUUAUGACGUCGCUGACAGGGAACUAUUGGCGAUUAAGCUCGCUUUAGAGGAGUGGAGGUAUCUCCUUGAAGGCGCCAAACAUCCUAUCCUUAUCUUUACAGAUCACCGUAAUCUGGAAUAUCUACGGUCAGCUAAAAGACUUAGGCCCAGGCAAGCCAGAUGGGCACUAUUUUUUAUGCGUUUUAAUUUCCACCUUACUUAUCGCCCUGGCACUAAGAACACAAAAGCUGACGCUUUAUCUCGGAUGUUUUCUCCACAACCAGAUUCACAUGAAUCUUCCGAAACCAUCUUGGGACCUAACCAUUUUCUUCUCCUUCAGACCUCCUUCCUUGAUCAAGUUAAAAGAGAUUCUGGAGUUAUUUCUCAUUCUUCACUUCCUCAGGAAACAAGUUAUAAAGACGGGUUUUUCUUUUUUAAGAAUAAACUUUUGUUCCAGAAAACCUUCGUUUAGAGGCACUCAGAAUUGUCCAUGAUGCUAAAUUAGCCGGGCACCCAGGGAUUAAAAAGACCUCUUUGUUGGCAAGAAGAUUAUUUUGGUGGCCUGGAUUGAACAAGGACUGUACUAAAUACGUUGUUUCUUGUGAAACUUGUGCUCGAUCUAAGACCUCUCAUAGCAAACCACUAGGUCUUUUACAACCUCUUCCUGUGCCAUCCCGUCCGUGGGGAUCUGUGUCUAUGGAUUUUAUUUCAGAACUUCCUCCAUCACAAGGACACACUGCUAUUAUGGUGUUCGUUGACCGUCUCACCAAAAUGGCUCACUUUGUUUCUUUACCCAAACUACCUUCUGCUCCUGUAUCUGCUGAAGUAUUCAUUCGGGAGGUGGUUAGACUUCAUGGGAUACCAGAUGAAGUAGUUUCUGACCGGGGUCCACAAUUCACCUCGCAAUUUUGGAAGACUCUAUGUGGGGCACUACAAAUUAAGGUAUCUCUCUCUUCAGCAUUCCACCCCCAAACUAAUGGUCAAACAGAGAGGACAAACCAAACUCUAGAACAAUACUUAAGAUGUUAUUCUUCUUAUCUCCAGGACGACUGGGUAUAUUUACUUCCUUUAGCAGAAUUUGCUUAUAAUAAUUCAUGCCAUUCCUCGACCAAACAGUCUCCAUUUUUUGCUAAUUAUGGAUUGAAUCCUGCAAUUUUCCCAGCUUCAUCGCUUCCUGAGAUCUCGCUCCCCGCAGUUCAGGAUCGGCUUGUCUUUCUGAAACAUAACUUAAAAUUACUACAACAAACAAUGACUAAAGCACAACAAGAUUUCAAGAGCUUUGCUGACCGUAAACGAAGAAUGGAUCCUGAGUUCAAGGUCGGAGACCAAGUUUGGUUAUCUUCAGUCAAUCUCAAAUUAUCCUGUCCAAGUAAGAAGUUAGGGCAAAGAUUUUUGGGUCCUUUUUCUAUCACUCGUCAAAUUAAUCCCGUUUCGUUUCAAUUGAAGUUACCCAAGUCUUACCGCAUUCAUCCGGUGUUCCAUACGGCGUUGCUUAAACCUGUGGUACAGAAUCAAUUUCCAGGAAGAACUCUUCUUCCGCCUCCUCCAGUUAUAGUUGAUGACCAAGAAGAAUUCGUGGUUGAACAGGUUUUGGAUUCACGAAGGAGAGGGAAAAGACUACAGUAUUUGGUCAAAUGGAAAGGCUAUGGACCGGAAGAAAAUUCCUGGGAGCCCUCUUCAAAUCUACAUGCCCCUAGACUUGUGGCUCAGUUCCACAAGACUCAUCCAGACAAGCCUUCUAGCAUCUGCGUCCAGAGGCCGCAUCUCGGUAGGGGGCAAUGUAAGGUUACUUACCGAAGGGUUCCAGCGCGGCGGCUCUCGGCGGCUCUGACGUCACGAGCGUCGAAGCGCAGGCGCGUGUGCGCGCAUGGACGGCACAGAACGUAGUGACGCCUGCGUCUUUACGCAGGCGUGCCGACGCUGGCGAAAAAGCGGCGCCAAGACUUAAGGUAUUUAAACCUACUUUUUUAUUCCUUCUGUGCCUGGUUAUCGUGGUUUAUUCCUGUGAGACCUAGCUAUACUUUUCUUAUUGACUCCUGUGUAUGACCUCUGAUUGCCCUCGACUCUGAUCCUUUGCUGAAUACCCAGACCUCGACCUGUUUAUCGUUCCUGUUGUUUGCUGCCUGCCUCUGACCUCGGAUCUGCCUGACUACGCCUCUCUUCUCGACCCUCUGGUACCUCGAUCCUGUGUAGCCUCACUGGCUUC